GCGCUCCGCCCGGGGAGGGGCGGGGGGGGGGGGGCCGGUGCCGGUGCCCGGGGCAUGGCGGGGCUGCCCGGAGCUUCAAGGACUCGGAGCGUCCCCCCGGCCCCCUCCGCCUCCCUGCCCGCCCUGAACGGAGCCUUCCUCCGCUCGCCACUCGGGGGGCUGAUGGUAGCCCAGGCCGUGCUCGGCUUACUGGUGUGGGCUCUCAUCGCCGACACAACGUACCACCUCCACGCGGCAUACGGCUGGGUGAUGUUUGUGUCCAUCUUCUUCUGGAUAGUAACGGUCCUUUUCUUCGUGACUUACCUCCUGCAGCUUCAGCUGAAGUUCUAUGUGAUACCCUGGUCCCUUGUGCUGAUGAUCUUCAACGCUACAGCAACCAUCCUGUACCUCACUGCCUUCGUAACGUGCGCGGCGGCCGUCCAGCCCACAUCCUGGCGGCAGUGGGAUUACAACCGGAGAGCCGCGGCGUCCUUCUUCGCCUGCCUCGCGAUGAUCGCCUACGGGGCGAGCACCUUCUUCAGCUUCCGCGCCUGGAAAGGGCUCGGCAGCAACGCGGCCACCAGCCAAGUGACUGACCACGCGUAAGGAGCGGACGGCUAAAGCCCAGCCCAUGGGUCAGCUCGUGCCAGGCUCGGUGGCUCGGAGCCUCCCGUACCACCAGGGCUCAUCCUUGGGCCAGCCUGUGCUGGCAGUGAUGGUUAGUAGUGGGUUGCGUGGAAUGCUGCUCUGUGGUCUCUGAUGAUGCUCCCAGCUGAUGUACCCACAGCACGAACCCACCAGCGCCGUCACCAGCAGCCUCACCGGGAGGACGUGGACUUGCUGGAGGCUGAAGCUCCCGCUCGCCCUCGGGGUUCAUCCAGAUCCUCGCUGGAACAGCUCCGCUGCGGGGGCUCAGCCAGUUCGGCACGCUCCAAUACUAAAAUUCACUAAACCAAGCCUAGGCUCCUGUCUCCGGUCAUUCACAGCUACAGUGUAAGUAAUUGCAAUUAACGGGAUACACAAACAGUGGCCUAGCUGGAGGAUGUAGGCUAAGCAAAGGAAAAAGUCUAAACUCUUCUUGUAUUGAUUUCUAAAAACAUGAAGCACAAAUGUUUUGCUUUAAAUAAAAACCUCCCUAAAUCCA